AUGUCCGCUAGCAAAUUAGAUGCUGUGUACCGGAGUAUACUUUUGACAAAAUUUUUUACUAAAGGAUGGGGUAAACCAGAGAAUUUGCGAAGGUUAUUCGAAUUCAGAAAAGUUGUGUCAAAUCGAGAUGAAUGCUUUAAAUUAGUUGAAAGAGAUUAUCCUGUAACAAUAACGAAAGAACAAAAUCUGACUGACUGUCGGCUACUAGAAGGAUAUUUUGUAACACCAUUGGAAAGGUAUCUACCCGGCAUUGUUCCUGAAAUUGCUCAGAAAGCUCACUUUCAAAUAUUACUACCAGUUCAUUGGCCCGACCCACAAUGCAAACCUGUUUGUUUACAUCUCGCUGGAACAGGUGAUCAUUUUUUUUGGCGACGGAGAAAUCUUAUGGUAAAACCUUUACUAAAAGAGGCCGGUGUUGGAGGUAUUAUACUUGAAAAUCCUUUUUAUGGACUCAGAAAACCUACUGAUCAAGUACGAUCCUCUCUUCACAAUGUGUCGGACAUCUUCGUGAUGGGCGGCUGUCUUAUCUUGGAAUCACUGGUUUUAUUUCAUUGGUGCGAGCGAAAUGGCCUCGGACCUCUUGGUGUCACAGGAUUGUCGAUGGGUGGCCAUAUGGCUUCCUUAGCAGCAACUAAUUGGCCUAAACCACUCGUUCUAGUCCCAUGUCUGUCGUGGUCAACAGCUUCUGCCGUCUUCUUGCAGGGCGUAAUGUCCCAUUCCAUUAACUGGGACCUGUUAGAAGACCAGUAUCUGUCUGAUGGCGUAUACAGAGAGAAAUUAUCGAAAAUGGUUACAAUAGUAGACGAAGCAUUUCUUGCCGGCAAAAAAUUUGCUCGUACUUACACACAAACCAUGGAAAACACCGCCGCUAUGAAACCGCGGACAAAUACAGAUGAUAUUAUAGAUUCAUUGAAAUUUAACGUCGGAGCUAAGAAGAUGGACAUUACUUAUAAGGAGAACGCCAAAACAAAUGCUCAAGUUAUGGACAAUAAACAGACUUUAGAUAAUAAAAUCGAUUUACCAGAUAGUGUUAAGAGUGUCGUAAACGUCGACGAUGACUUAAUAAAGGAAGAAUUGAAAAAACUUCUAUGUGAUAAUAAAAUAAGUCAAAUAUUAUAUAACAAAUUAACAUCCAAUAAACAUUUCGAAUUGGAGCCCCAAGACAUUGAGUUUAUAAACAAACUGGACGAUGGAAAACUUAAAGUGUUCCUACUUAAAUAUCAAAGUGAUAUACCAAAAACGUCUACAAUUCCAGACGAUAUGUCGAACGAAAAAUUAUCAUUGGAUGGCAACAAUAACGAAACCGUUAAAAUAACUCCGGCGAUAGAAAACUCUGAUUCAGUAAAUCCGAACAAAGAAUCUUCGAAUGAGAACAAAGCUUUGGCAAAUUCUGAUGAGAAGAUUUCCACAUCAUUAAUUAAAAAAGAACGCAAGUCCUGGAACGUGUCAGAUCUCACAACGGACUUGUGGGUGAACCUGCCAUUUAUGAAAUCUGGAAAAAAGAUAGACAUAGGUAAAAUACAUUGGAGGGACAGAGAGGCACUCCAGUUUAUGCGUGGAAUUAUGGACGAGUGCACACAUUUAAGCAACUUUUCUGUGCCAUUCGAUACUUCUCUUAUUAUAGCGGUAUGCGCGAAACACGACGCCUAUGUACCGCGAGAGGACGUCGGUACUUUAGAAGAGAUCUGGCCCGGAGCUGAGGUGCGCUACGUUGACGCCGGACACGUGUCCGCCUACAUUCUGCACCAAUCGCUCUUCAGGUCCUGUAUCAAAGAGGCCUUCGAGAGGUCUAAACUGAGGUGGCGAGACGGGAAACACGUCGAUUGA